GGGCGGUGGGGCGGAGAGAGACGGGGCACAGGGAGACCAUCGACUCUGUGUGGCAAUGAGUUAUUUGGGAUUAAUUAGUAAAGGAGAGGGAUGGACCGGGGCUGGGCUGAGGGCGGCUCCAACGUGCUCGGACUAAACCCAACAGAACUUGCCUUUGGAAGGAGCGGAAUGGCUGAAAAAAAUUCUAAGAGGGCAGAUCUAAAAGUGAUGUCCGGCAUCUGCUUUUGGAAUUUGUAGCGGAUGACUUGGCUGCCAGCAUGCCGCAUGGUUUGACCUGAAAAUGGGCGUUAAUGCUUCGAGCUACCCUCACUCUUUCUCUCAGAGGGUAGGAGGAAAUUCACAGGCUCAGCAGACAUUCAUUGGAACAUCUUCCUACUUACAUCAAGGAUAUGGAUGUGAUUCGAAAUUAUAUAGCCUUGAACAUAGCCACGAGAAACCACAAGACAAAAAGAAAAAGAGUUCUGGCCUUGCGACACUGAAGAAGAAAUUUAUAAAAAGGCGCAAAUCUAGUCGCUCUGCCGAUCAUGCAAAGCAGAUGCGUGAGCUUCUUUCUGGGUGGGAUGUAAGGGAUGUGAAUGCUUUAGUGGAAGAAUAUGAAGGCACUGCAGCUUUAAAGGAGCUUUCAUUGCAAGGAAUUUUGGCACGACCCGAUGCACGGACCUUGCAAAGAGAUCUAGCAGAUCUUUAUGAUUACAAGUACUGCACUGAUGUAGAUUUAAUAUUCCAAGACACUUGCUUUCCAGUACAUCGUGCCAUUCUGGCAGCGCGGUGUCCCUUUUUUAAGACAUUGCUUUCAUCGUCACCUGAAUAUGGUGCUGAGAUUAUGAUGGACAUAAACACAGCUGGCAUAGAUUUGCCAAUGUUUUCAGCACUGUUACACUACCUGUACACUGGAGAGUUUGGAAUAGAGGACUCCAGGUUCCAAAGUGUUGACAUCCUGUUACAACUCACUGAAGAAUUUGGAACACCGAAUUCUCUGGAUGUGGAUAUGCGAGAACUUUUCGAUAACAUGUGUUACUAUGAUGCUAUUCUUAGCUUUUCAUCUGAUUCAGAAUUUGUGGAAGCAUUUGGAAGAGGUUCAGGUUAUUUGGAUGAGGAACUCCGUGGGCAUAAGGCUGUUCUAUCUGCACGUUCGCCAUUUUUCAGAAAUCUUCUCCAAAGACGUAUAAGGACUGGUGAAGAAAUAACAGAUCGAACUCUGCAGACACCAACUAGAAUCGUACUUGAUGAGUCUAUCAUUCCAAAGAAAUAUGCAAAAGUAAUUUUACAUUGUAUGUAUACCGAUCUUGUGGACUUGUCUCUUGUAUUGCACUGCAACCCAUCUGUGGGGAGCCUAAGUGAAGUCCAAGCAAUGGUAGCAGGGAAAGGUAACAUGUCGAGAGCUGAAGAAGCGAUGGAGCUUUACCACAUAGCUCUUUUUCUGGAAUUUAAUAUGCUCGCCCAAGGAUGUGAAGAUAUUGUGGUGGAGAGCAUCUCCCUUGACACGCUGAUUUCCAUUCUGAGCUGGAGUUCGCAGCCUUACGGCUCUAAGUGGGUUUACCGACAGGCAAUUAAUUUCCUAUGUGAGGAAUUCACUUCAGUCAUGAUCUCUGAUGUGUUCUUUGAGCUCAGCAUGGACUACUUGUCUGUCGUACUUCAGUCGGACUAUCUGCAGGCUAGUGAGCAAGAUAUCCUGAAAUACAUGAACAAGUGGGGAGAACAUCAGCUCAUUAAACAGAUGGCAGAGAGAGAGCCGAACCUGCUGAGUGGAACUGCACACAGUGUCAACAAAAGAGGUGUGAAACGACGUGAUCUGGACAUCGAAGAACUAAAAGAGAUUUUGUCUCCAGUUCUGCCUCAUAUCCGCAUAGAUCACAUCCUUCCCACUAACAGUGAGGUUCUUAAUGAUGCUAUGAAGAGAGGACUGAUUAGCACACCACCAUCAGAUAUGCUCCCAACAGCAGAAGGUGGAAAAUCUCAUGCUUGGCUGCGUCAGAAAAAUUCUGGGAUCUAUGUGAAACCUCGAUUAUUUGCACCAUACGUGGAGGAGGCGAAGACUGUGUUGGAUGAGAUGAUGGUGGAGCAGACUGAUCUUGUCCGGCUGCGAAUGGUCCGUAUGUCCAAUGUACCAGACACACUAUACAUGGUGAAUAGUGCUGUUCCACAAUGCUGUCACUUAAUGAAUCACCAGCCGAUAGGUGCACCAUCUAACCCUCCUUCAAUCAUUGCCAAUGAAAUUCCCGUCCCCCCCUUGAAAAUGGUAAAAGAUAUGAUCAGGCGCCUUCAAGAACUUAGACAUACGGAUCAGGUGCAGCGAGCAUAUGCGUUGAACUGUGGGGAAGGAGCAACUGUAAGCUACGAAAUUCAGAUCCGGGUAUUGAGAGAAUUUAACCUCCCAGAUGCUGCUGUUGAACUGCUUCAGAAUCCUCUGAAGUUCUUUCCUCAUGAGCGGUUUGGUGAUGAGAGUCCAGUGCUAGCUGUCCGUCACUGCAGGAUGAGCAGUCCCCCGGCUGGACAGCGCGGUGAUGUUGAGCCCUUUGCAGCUUCCCGGCCACCUUUGCCACCACCUCCACCACCGUAUCACCCUCCGAAAGCAAUGACACACGAGAAGCACAAAACCCAUUCGAAGCAGAGGCUGCCUGGUCAGCUGUCAUCCCGCUCCUUAUCCUACCCAUGUAAUCGUUCUUUACAUUAUUCUGGACUGACCACCAGACCUAUUUAUACAUCUGGUGGUAAACAAAUGCCUCCCAACUGCACCAAUUCUGCCAGACUGGUCCAGGCGCAAACAGAUAUAGGGAGUGCUGAAGGUGCCUUGAAUGAACUGAUGCCAGACAUUGCAAUGGGUGUGACAUCUCUGAGUAACUUGUCACUUAAGGACAGAAGGUUUCCAGAGCUUGCUUUAAGUACCGAAGUGAACCAAAUGGCUUCAGAUUUUGCUUCCUUUCCACGGCCUGCACCAUAUUUGCACAGUAGACGCGCACACGGUGUGAGGAGAAAGCCCAGUCAUCUGAAGGCAGAACCUCGCCAAGGCUUCCAGGACUACCCUGAUCUCUAUGAUUUCUCCACUGUAUCUUACCGGCCGUACACUCCAGGAACAAGCAGACAUACAUUGGCUCCUUCACAGGCAACAUAUUUCAGCCCAGACUUAUACAACCCCAAUAGAUCUGCAGCAGCAGGGAGCUUCAAGAUGACUUCUCUUUGCAGUGAACCUUCUAGUAAGCCAGUAGAAUCAAGGAGAGAGUACUUACUGCCUCCUGAAGCCCAACAACCAAGACCCAGUGACCCACCUUAUUUCGAUUUUCUGGAGCAGCCACCACACAGGUUGGACUUAGCACUGAAGCAAGAGUAUAGUGGGGGCUCUUUGCACACCAGAAGCAGGGGAUUAAUGGAGACGGAUCUGACUUGUGGCCUGACCGCUAGCCAUGCCCUCAGUGUGCCCUGCAGCUCUGAGAGCCGCGAGGCUCACUGCAGCAGACGAUCAUCGGAUGGUGAUGUGCUGGAGCCGGGACCCAGCGCUCAGCCUCACAGAAACAUCCGGAACAGUAGGGAAGAUACACUAAGCCGAGAAAGGAGGUCACCAAACAGAUCUGAUCUCUCGUACAAAAAGUCAGCUCUUUAAUGACAGCAGUAAUCCAUUGUGAUUUUUCAGCAGAUGACUCUUAAUUUUGCUUUCAUAGAUGUUUUGUACAUAACAUUUCUACCUUAAAUAGGAUAAUUUCUAAGUGAUUUUCUAUGACUUUUUUAAUAUCUCGGGAAACCAAGUCAUGUGCAGUAUUGCCAUCCUUUCUAAUGUUCAAAUCGUCCAGUAAUCAAGUUCACCAUUUAAAAUAAUGCUUGAUCUUUUACCUCCGUUUUUUCAGGUCUGUUUAAAACAGUUCCAUGUUGUUGUGCAUUGAAUAACAAUUGUGUAAUAUUUAAUGGUGAAAAGUACUCUGAUAUACAGUACACAUUGGCAUAUUUUCUCAUUUUCGAGAAAGUUUUUAGUCUUUAAAAUACUGGGCAGUAUUCUUUUCAAGUGUACUCAGCAUUGGAAACAUGCAAGGGAAGAACGCCUUUAAUCUGCUGGCCAGCUGCCUCUAUUCAGAGCACAGAUCCUUGUCAGUUUAAAGCUAUAGUCUUAAUCUUGGGACAAUCAGAUUGCUGUGACAAUCGGUUUAUAGGAUUAAUGCUUUAAUAUAUCCUGAGAAGCUGAAAUCCCAAAGGCAGAAAUACUAGCAACAUGGAGAAAGCGGCUGGAGUUCCCGAUGAAGCUGCUGUCAUAUUGUUUGCUUAAUCAUGGAUCUGUCGUUGGACGCAUGAAACUUCUCAGCCCUUUCCCCUCAUUUUUUAGUUUGUUAGCUCCUUUUCAAAUUUCUGCAUGGAUAGAUGAAUGUUGGUCUCCAAAAUGGUUUCCAACACUUAAAAUAAUAUUAAUUCUGUGAAGGGGAGAAACUAGAAUGCAAGUUGUAUGUGAUUUUUAAAUUCUCUUGUUUCCCCUUUGCUGUAUCCAAGUAGGGUCUGCAAUUGCACAUAUUUAAGAUGUUCUGUGCACAAAAUGCUGAAGGAAUUCUGCAGGUCAGGCAGCAUCGAUGGUAAUGAGUAAACAGUUGAUGUUUUGGGCCGCGAUCAGUGGAAAGGAAGGGGGAAGCCAGAGUAAGAAAGUGGGGGAGGAGAGGAGUAAAAGCAAGAAGGUUUUUAUUCCCUCCAUAGAUGCUGCCUGACUUGCUGAGUUUCUCUAACAUUUUGUGUUUGUUACUCUGGAUUUCCAGCAUCUGCAGACCUCAUUUUCACCUCCCUGGCAACAGUUAAAUCCAGGCCUACUCCUAAAGACAGAGACUAACCCUGUUAAUCCAAUCUUGGAGGCAAGGUAGAAUAUCUAGAGAACUAUAAUAAUUGAUUAUAGUUGUUUUAGUUCUGUAUUCUGCCAGCUAUGUCGAUCCUACAAUCGCUUGCAGAAACUUCCCUCCUCUUGAACCUGUAUCUGUUGAGUUAUACAUUUAAAUUCUGUGGUGGCGUUUUGAAUUUUACUCAUUCUGAUCUACAGUAUAAAACUAAUUUGAAGUAAUUGUGCAGAUUUUCCUUCUCAGAUCUUGUUCUGUUUCCUGUUUGGAUGCCACAUCAGGACUGACAUUAGGAGACAGGAGAAUUCAAAGCAAAAAGCUUUGUGUGCAAAUUUCCAAUGCAAUAUACUGAUGCAAAGCCUACCGUUGUUCAGUGUUACAGUGCAAUCUUAUCAAUCAUGUCAGGGUACCUAGAGCUGAUGUAUUGGUGUUAAAUUGAAAAUCUGAAUUCUAAGACUACACACAAACUUCCAUUCUUGGGCUUGUGGCAACCAUUGAAAUAUAAAGUUUAAUUUUAUUUUAGUAAAGCGGAAUUAGGCCCUUCUGGCCUUCGAACCGCGCCAUCCUAACAACCUCAAUUUACCCCUAACCUAGUCAAGGGACAAUUUACAAUGACCAAUUCACAUGCCCAGUACACCUUUGGACUGCGGGAGGAGCACCCAGAGAAAACAGCCACAUCGAGGACAUACAGACUCCUUACUGAAGACACUGGAAUUGAAUUCCAAACUGCUAUAGCCUGAACGUAAUAGCCUCACGCUAAUCGCUUUAUUACUCUGGUGCCCUGCUUUAUUCCAAUAUGUUAGCUGUGCUUCAUUUGGUUGUACAGAGUGAAUUCCAAUUCCACUCCAGAUGAUCAUCCAGCCUAAUAGUCCCAUAUUGUACUGUGAGUGUUGCUCUAGUGCCACCUUGUGGAUGUGUGUGCAGUUUCUUGAGAGAGUACUGGGGUUUCCAGGUUUAACACAUUAGCUGUUUUCCAUUGAGGUUUGGUUAGACUAGAACUAUAGGUCAUGGAUUAAGGAUGAAAAGUGAAAUGUUUAAAGGGAACAUGAGGGGAACUUCUCUCACAAGGUUGGUUAGAUUGUGGAACGAGUAGCCCUUGCAAGUGGUGGAUUCGCAUUUGAUUUCAACAUCUAAGAGACGUUUGGAUAGGUACAUCGACGGGAGAGUUACGGAGGGCUAUGGUCCAGGUGCAGGCUGAUGGGACUAGGCAGAGCAGUGGUAUUCACUACAUAGGCUGAAGGGCCUGUUUCUGUGUUCGAGGACUCUAACAUUGUUUUCACUGUUGGUUUUUGAUCAGUAUAUAUUAGUGCUUGCUUUCCACCACAGCUAGGUUAAGAAGGUAGUCAAAACUGGCUGCUAAUUUAUCUGCAUUGCCACAGAUCUGCAGCCCUUCCUAAACAUAACAGAAGCAACUAUUUCCAGUACACGCACAACAUUCAAAAGUUGCCUGAUCUGACGCUACUUGCAUAUUGUUCUAAAUUGUGUUGAUGUACCUUUUUCUAUUGGCCACAUGUCCCUGCAUGAUGUUGAACUGCAACUGUUUACCAGUUUAAUUUUGGUUAUAUUAGAAUAUUGGAAGCCACUCAGAUGAAUUUGUGCUUCGUAGCAAAAGCUUUUUAAAAAACUUGCAUUGUUGGUGUUUAGUUCUCUAAUGAUUUGUUUUGGAUGCUUACGAUCUAAACUGUUACUGGGAUACAGUAAAGUGCCUUCAAUGCUAAAGGCUCAUAUAACAGUAAAUUAGAUCAAAUAUCCUAUGCAAAGGUUUUCUACAAAUGGCAUAACUGUCUAUUGAUUCUUACAAUGCUUCAAUGUAUAUAAAGUUUUUUAAAGAGAUGACUAUUUUUUUUAGCAUCUUAAAAGGAAGUUGUUGCUUAGUGAAAUGCAUUUCCCUAUUGAGUACUGUAGCAGUUGUACAGAAUCUCUCAUCUAUUUUUCUACUGUUUCUGGGGAGGGAAAAGCAUGUAACAAAUUCUAAACUGGCAUAGUUAGUGUUCUAAUUAAAUGGCCAACAGAAUGUUUCAUUAUGAUUGUGAAUUUAAUCCAUAUUUUUAUUAAAAUGAAACAGCACAUUUGAAAUGACUGUCCCUUCAUUGUUUGAGCAAGAGGAAAUGUGACCAACUGGAAUGACAUUCCAGUGGUUGGUGACUGUUUCAUCUGUGGAAGGAUCCAAAUAUAAUCUGAAUGCACUUUAUUUAUCCCAUAAUGUUCCUGAUUGUCCCCAAAUUCAACUUUGUAUGUUUAUCCCAUGUACCACCCUGUACCUAAUAAGAUGGCCACAUAGUGUAUGUCGGUGGUCUUCUGUUGCUGUAGCCCAUCCACCUCAAGGUUUGACACAUUGUGCAUUAAGAGAUGCUAUUCUGCACGCCACUGUCGUAAUGUGUGGUUAUUUGAGUUACUAAUCGCCCUCUUGUCAACUUGAGCCAGUCUGGACAUUCUCCUCUGACCUCUCAUUUCAGGGCAUUUUCAUUCAGAGGGUCGGCUGGUGGCACAGUGACUCCGGAACGGAGGUUCCAAUCCGAGUACGCUUUCCAUCCGUGCCGGGUUGAGUGUUCAGCUGGCAACUCGACCUCGCAAAAUAAAGAAAAAUACUGCAAAAUGUCUGUGUUAGGAGUGGCGUGCCACACCACGCAGUCUUUCGUUCCACGCCUUGUAAGGCAUGAAAAUGCCCGACGCUGGUCUUUCAUCAUUCGCUCACAGAACUGCUGCUCACUGGAUUUUUUUUGUUUUUCACACCAUUCUCUAUAAAAUCUAGACUGUUGUGCAUGAAAAUCCCAGGAGAUCAGCAGUUUUUGAGAUAGUCAGACCACACCCAACAAUCAUUCCAUGGUCAAAGUCACUUUCAUAUUUCUUCCCCAUUCUGAUGUUUGGUCUGAACAACUGAACCUCCUUGACCGAGUCUGCAGUUCUCUAUGCAUUCAGUUGCUGCCACAUGAUUGGCU